GGCUGCCCCAGCCAACUACAGCUGUUGCCUCCCCGGAGGCUUUCCGGUCCUCCCAAGCGAGAUGAGGGCGUCCGGAGUCUCGUCCUGACACUUCCCUCUCUUGGAGCUGUACCGCCUACUGUUGUUUUUCUCAAUUUGACUUUACCUCUCGGAGAUGGAGAUCCGGAAAGAGGCGAUAAAUCCCAUCGAAGGAUGGAAUGGGGCCCCGGGCUCCUCGACUUUAUUUAAAGCUGCGAUGUACCCAGGCUGUAUUCGGCGACACCCUGCGCCUCCCGCGCACCCUGCACCCUGCGGUUCCCCGGGUGUUCUGUCUCUCGGGGCACGGCGAGGAAAGCCUCAGAACUAUUGACGGUGCUGGCGCCGUCUGUGUUGCCUCUCCUGGUAAAAUUCGCGCUACACUUCCUUUGUUGACGUUUAAUUGCUGUUGCUCCUGGACUGCCAAGAUAGCCUUUCUGGAGUUAGGUUGGAGGAGCUGUUUAAAGGGAGGAGGUGAGCAAGUGUUCAGUUGAGUAUUAUGGUGUGCCUUGGCAGCAGCAGCCCGUGAGCAAAGGGAGAUGGCCUUGUUACGCUGUGCUAUGAAGAAUAUGAGCUACUUAAAUAAUUGCACCCAUUUCAUUGUCAUCUGGUGUUUUAAUUAUGAUUUCAACCUGCAAGAAUUCACCCUACAGGAGUUUUUUUCAGGAAUGAAUUAACUUUCUAAUGUGACAGGAUAAUGUCUCUGACUUUUUAAAAAUAAACCAUGUGUAUGUAUUCAGGCUCCCCAGGUGGUACUAGUGGUGAAGAACCCACCUGCCAAUGCAGGAGACAUGAGAGACACAAGUUUGAUCCCUGGGUUGGGAAGAUCCCCUGGAGAAGGGCGUGGCAACCCACUCCAGUAUUCUUGCCUGGAGAAUCCCAUGGACAGAGGAGCCUGGCAGGCUACAGUCCAUAGGGUCACAAAGAGUCAGACAGGGCUGAAGUGACUUAGCACACAUUUUUUUACUUUUUCAAAAAUAGAAGAGAAAAAAAAAAUCUAAUGGGGAUUUUUAAAUGGUUAAAAAAAAAAAGACUGCAGAUCAACUGAGAGGCAAUUUUCAAUGAAAUAACUGUGAUGCAAGUGUUCAAAAGUGGCUGAUGAUUGGGGGAGAGUUCAAGAUGGUCCCAGGAGCUAGAAGAUGGGAACGGUAUGACAUAUUGCGUGAGAGAUAGCAGACAACGGCCACCUGCUGAUCACGACACAUGGUAUAAAAACCGUCACCCUGAAGAGCUACUGAGCUGAUCUUCAGAAGCCCUACAGGGCAUGCUAAUGAAGGCGCCCAAAAUCAACAAGGGAGAUGCAAAACGAAACAAAAGUUUAUUUUCUGCAGUACUUUUCUGUAAAUUACAAAGGCAAAAGGCUAAACUACAGCAUGUAACUUCAGUAUUUAACCAGAGUACUUGAAAUAAAUAUGCAUCCUGAAACAAGAUAAAAGGCUACACUUUGUCAGGCGUCCUACAAAAUGUCUCAAGUUUUACACUCUGCAGCAUUUCUGUGUGGGGGUGGGGUGGGGGUGGUUUUGUGUUUUCUUAAGUGCUGUGACAGAAAGUCCUUUCACAUUUUUCUUUGGAGCAUGUUCGAAAUUGCUGAACUAUAAACAACUUAAGAAAAGUAACACCAAGUUCGAAAGCCAUUUCUGCUUCGCUGUCAUUGGCCCUCAUUCAGCACAGGGCUGCCAAGUGGCCUCUGAGCGCAGGCAGCCCCGUCAGAGCCGGCCUACACUUAACAGUUCUAUACGUUAGAGACUUCUGUCUUCAGUUUACAUCCCUUAUAAGAUCAAGGCCAUAAAGGAAGCUGCAAGCAAGUCAGAAACAUUUUUAACCUGAAAGUAAAGGGAACAGAGAUGUUUUCUCCCAAGACCUUGGCUAGGCACCGUAAUGUUUACCAGGAUUUUGUGUUUCAAAGUUGAAAAACCCACUGGUACUCACAGUCCUUCCCAAGGUAAUUUACAGGUGCUGGUAGAGUUGGGGCACUCAGAAAUAUUCAAUGGGCUAAAGAGGAUUUACUAUAUUUAGAGACGUGCUACAGUCCUAAGAACACAAUGGUAGAAAGUCUAGGGGUGUUGGUGGCAGCUCAUUUUGAGUGGAAUAUAUAGCCACCUUCUGAUAUAGCUGAAAACGUGGAGAGAAAAGUUAUAUAUAUAAAGUCUUAAGCAUGAUUACCUAAAAAAUACUUUGUUAAUAUAGUCUAAUGUAAAUUUCAGUUACUUAGGGAUUUAGAUAUGAAAACAUCUUUAAGAGCCAAUAAAAAUAUUGUACAGGAAAAAAAAACA